UCAUGUUUUCAGGUCUUCAUUUUAUGUUUAAACUCAGUGUAAUCCAAAAAGUGCAGUGGACUGCAGUAAAUAAAGUGUAAAAGUCAAUUCCUUCUGAGACUCUGAAUCACAGUAACCUUGUGCAAAGAAAAACUUUCCAGAAUUAUUUCUCUCUUCUGGUGUUCUUUCCAUCAUCAAGGCAGAACAAACCAGUGAACGAAAAAUGCUUGCCAACACAGGAAAGCUUGCAGGACGCACAAUUCUCAUCACAGGGGCCAGCAGAGGCAUUGGCAAAGCUAUUGCUUUGAAAGCAGCUAAAGAUGGCGCCAACAUUGUUGUAGCAGCCAAGACAGCCGAGCCUCACCCUAAACUGCCCGGCACAAUCUACACAGCGGCUCAGGAAAUUGAGUCCGCUGGGGGCAAAGCCUUGCCAUUUGUUGUGGAUGUUCGCGAUGAAGCUUCAGUGACGGCAUGCGUGGAAGCAGCCGUGCAGCAGUUUGGGGGCAUUGAUGUGCUCAUCAAUAAUGCCAGUGCAAUUUCACUCACCGGAACAUUGCAGACCUCAAUGAAGAAAUACGAUCUCAUGCAUCAAAUCAACACCAGAGGAACCUAUCUAGUAUCGAAAACUUGUCUCCCACAUCUUAUUAAAGGAAAAAACCCACACAUCCUGAACAUCUCCCCCCCUCUGAAUAUGAGCCCACGCUGGUUCAAAGAUCACGUGGCGUACACCAUGGCCAAGUACGGCAUGAGCAUGUGCGUCUUAGCAAUGGCGGAGGAGUUCAAGGACAAGGGCGUUGCUGUCAAUGCUCUCUGGCCAAGAACAGCAAUUCACACGGCGGCAAUGGAGAUGCUUGGUGGUGAGGGCAUAGCGGCCAAGUGCCGCAAGCCAGACAUCAUGGCAGAUGCUGGCUACGCUUUAUUGACUCGUGACUCCAAGACAUUCACUGGCAAUUUUUGCAUAGACGACGUAAUCUUGAAAGAAGAAGGAAUCACGAACUUUGAUUCUUAUGCUUAUGACCCUAAAGAAGAACUCAUGCCUGACUUCUUUUUGGACGAGUUUGAUGAAGUGGUAACGCAGUCCGUAAUCCAGGGCAAGGAAAAACCAGCGGCCGCCAAGGCUGAAGAGGCAGCAGGAGCUGUUACUCGGGAAAUUGCCAAAGCUUUUGAUGGCCUCGCAUCCAUCAUUACUAGCGAGGUCGUUGAGAAAACAAAAGCAAUUUAUGCCUUCCACGUUUCAGUCCCUGGCGGAGAUGCCACUCACUGGUGGAUUAAUUUGAAGGAGGGAAGUGGAGGCGUCGGAGAAGGCAGCCCUCCAUCACCUGCAGAUGUUACUUUCUCGCUCAACGCCGAUAUUUUUGGCAAGCUGUUCUCAGGAAGUAUGAAGCCUACCGCCGCAGUUAUGUCUGGGAAGAUGAAGCUCAAGGGCGACAUCGGUAAGGCCAUGAAGCUGGAAGGCCUCAUGGGCAAAAUUAAAUCGAAACUUUGAUUGCUCACGUCAACAUGAUAAUUAUACAAGAACCACUAAGAUGAAAGGCUUUCUCUUCCAAGAGAAUUGUCUGUUUUGCGACAAAUAUAGAGCAGUGUUGGGAAGAUAAUUUUGAAGGCCAUAUUUAUCCGGGUUUUUGCUUUGGCGAUAGGUUUAGUUAAAAAUUUAUCUUAUUAUUUAACCCUUCAUUAUUGAGUGUUUUUGUUCUGAUACAACAUGUUACAACUAUACUAACAUUAUUAGAUAUAAAAGGCUCUUUCGUCCUCGGUUCAAUUGGUUAUUAUAUUAGUAUAUGUACACAUUUUUAUCAACGUUGGUAUUCUUUUCUAAUGUUAUGUUUCUAAUA